AUGGUGGAUGCAGCAGAGAUAGAACGGGUGUUCUUCACGGAUGAACCAGAAGAAGCAUUUGAGUAUCUGCGGCAGCAGCUGCAUCAGCAGCAGCAGCAGCAGCAGCAGCAGCAGCAGCUGCUGCAACAGCAACAGCAGCAACAGCAGCAGCAGCAGCAGCAACAGCAGCAACAGCAGCAACAGCAGCAACAGCAGCAACAGCAGCAGCAGCAGCAGCAGCAGUAG